AUGAAGAGCAAUGCUGCAGCUGCCGCAAGCUUAUUCGCGGACGAUGAUGAUGGUGAUGCUGAAUUCUCCCAUGAGAAUGAUGAACGAGAUGAAGAGAAGCAGUGUAUGAUAACAAAGGAUUUCCUUGUCGGCUUGUCAUUAACGAACAGUAAAGACCAUAUUAAAAGAGAGCGGUACCGCGAUUAUGUCCAGUCGAUGUUAGCACUCGGUGAAGGUGAGACGGUCAUUGAUCUUGGUGUUUCAGCUGAUGAUACUACAAAACGAGGUUUGUCGAAAGAUGAUUUAGAAUUGUCGGAGAAGAAACACAUAGCACUUUUGGAAGAGAUUGGAGUAGUUUCAACAUGUUUAGUGACCAGAAAGCAGAGCGGUCUUUACACACGUGCUCAUCUUGUUCGAAAGAAAAUAGAUCCUGAUGAUUUUAUCGAGGUGCGUGUGGCUGUUUUAGGUAAUGUUGACGCAGGAAAAUCAACAUUAUUGGGUGUGUUGACAUAUGGCAUCCUGGACGACGGCCGUGGACAAGCUCGACAAAAGUUGUUCCGACACAAACAUGAAUUUGAGUCAGGUCGAACUUCGUCCGUAGGAAACGACAUCCUAGGUUUCGAUAUUAGCGGUAACAUUGUCAAUAAACCUGACUCGCAUAGUGGUCAUCUUGAUUGGAUUACUAUUUGUAAUGAUUCCACUAAGGUAAUCACUUUCAUUGAUCUGGCAGGGCACGAGAAGUAUUUGAAAACAACAAUAUUUGGAAUGACUGGACAUGUUCCGGAUUACACGAUGUUGAUGAUUGGCGCGAAUGCUGGCAUUGUUGGAAUGACAAAGGAACACCUAUCUCUUGCUUUGUGUCUCAAUAUACCGGUAUUUAUGGUUGUUACGAAAAUUGAUAUGUGUCCUGAGCGGGUUCUAUCUGAAACAAUGAAGAAUUUGGAUAAACUGAUGAAAAGUCCAGGGGUACGGAAAUUGACGGUUGUUAUAAAGAAUUUGGAAGAUGUUGUUCAUGCUGCUAGCCAUUUUAGUAGUGGAAAAGUCUGUCCCAUCUUUCAAGUAUCGAAUGUCGUUGGUACUAAUUUGGAUUUACUUUCCGCUUUCUUUAAUCUCAUCCCACUUCGACGAAAAUUUUCUUUGGAUAGUCCAGCCGAAUUCCAAAUAGAUGAUGUAUAUUGGGUAGAUGGUGUGGGUACUGUGGUCUCAGGCACAUGCAUGGCCGGUAUGAUUUCACUUAAUGACACAAUGUUAAUUGGACCGAACCCUUAUGGAGAAUUCAUUGCAAUUCCAAUAAAGUCCAUUCACCGAAAACGAAUGCCGGUAUCAAAAAUACGGUGUGGUCAAACUGCAUCAUUUUCUAUUAGAAAGUUGAAUAAAAAGGAAGUACGAAAAGGAAUGGUAUUACUUUCUCCAAAAAUGGUCGUGUUUUCGUCAGUGCAGUUUGACGCUGAAAUACUCAUCCUUCACCAUCCGACUACAAUUGCUGAAAAUUAUCAAGCAAUGGUGCAUAUUGGCUCGAUUCGCCAAACGGCAACCAUAGUACGUAUGACAAAAACAGUAUUACGUACAGGAGACCGUGAUAUGGUAACGUUUAAAUUCAUCAAAAAUCCUGAAUAUCUAUCUGUUGGAAGUCGUAUGGUAUUUCGUGAAGGUCGGACAAAAGCUGUAGGAACAGUCGCUAAAGUUUAUCCAUAUACUCCCGCUCUUCCAAAACAGAUCCGACCGAAACACAUGAAAUGCAGAGAAGGUUGGCACAGUAAAAAAGAAUUUAACAGUAACGCUGGAAAAGAUAAAGAAAUGAAUGUGAACUGA